AUGAGAGAAUACUUGGAGCUUGAGUUCAUACCUUUCGGAAAUUCAUGGUAUAAAGUGAGUUUGGAUCGGGAGUGAUUUGAAAGAGGGUUUUAUAAACUUGGCCAAACUUCUUUACAGAUCUAAGAGUAUCUUCAUGGUUUUUAUAUAUAUAUAUGUACUGCAAGAUAAGGAUAAGUAGUAUAACUGCUACUAUAAUAUUUUGUUUGUUUCUCAAAUUUUUUUAAAUUUAAAAUUUUACAGAACAAUAAAAUUUGCUGUCAGCACGGUCGAGAAGAAUGUGAAGCCAACGUUUUUGAAAAUUGUGCCAUUUCCUAUUUGAAAGAACCUUUUGGCUUUAUAUACUGUAUAACUAAAGAGUUAUACGAAGAACGGUCUCUAGAACAAGCCAAAGAACUCUGCUACACUAUUGUUGGAGUUGAUUUGGAGACGCAAGGCAAAAUACAGUAAGCUAUGCAGUUAUUAAGACUUUACUAGGAAACCGCAAAUAAUGAAAAUCGAGUUAUAACUAGUGGUAUAUAUACAAACAUAGAGCAAAAAAAUCUAAGACUUAUGGUGUAAAAAAUUUUUUUGCCAACAAUCUCUAGUUAUUGAGAUAUGGCAGGUCAAAGUUUGGUUUUUUAAAUACUUUUGUCUCAUGUUCGCUUUUUGAGCGCAGAGCAUAAGCGCUUCAAUGGCAGCGAGCGAGUGAGCCCGACUUGGGCUCGGAAGCUCAAGGGUUCGGUUCCCGUCGGCUUCCAAAGGCUAAAACGCUAUAAAAAUGUUUUUUAUUUUUUUUCUAUUAUAAAGUUAAUAACUACAGUCUUAAAACUAAACAUAAGUAACAUUUUGAACAUAAGAAAAAAGAAUAUAACAAAAGUUAAACCUAAAUAAUUGAUAAAAAAAUAAAAUUUCAACAAUGGUUGUUCAUAACAUUUGUAUUUUUCCACUUUCACCGUUAUGGUAGGACCUCUUUCCAAAUUCUGUACAGUAAGUUGUUAAUGUUGAGUGACUCUGAAAUCUUAUUGCCAGAAAAUUAUGAACAUAUGAACGAAUUUUGGGAUAGUGACGUACAAGAAAUGGUGAAGUACACAUCAUUAAUGUCCACCAUAACGGUGAAAGUGGAAUAAUACAAAUGUUAUGAACAACUAUUGUUGAAAUUUUCUUUUUUUAUCAAUUAUUUAGGUUUAAAUUUUGUUAUAUUUUUUUUCUCAUGUCCAAAAGAUUACUUAUGUUUAGUUUUAAGACCGUAGUUAUUAAUUUUAAAAUUAAAAAAAAAUAAAAAGCAUUUUUGAGGCCUUUCAAGCCUUUGAAACCCGGCGGAACCGAACCUCUGAGCUUUCGAGUCCGAAUCGGGCUCACUCGCUCGCUACCAUUGAAGCGCUUGCGCUUCUUGCUCAAAAAGCGAACAUGAGACAAAAGUAUUUAAAAAACCAAACUUUGACCUGCCAUAUCUCAAUAACUAGAGAUUGUUGGCAAAAAAAAUUUUACACCAUAAGUCUUAGAUUUUUUUUGCUCUAUGUUUGUAUAUAUACCACUAGUUAUAACUCGAUUUUCAUUAUUUGCGGUUUCCUAGUUAGUUUAUUUUGCCCUAUCCUACUCAAUCUUACUCGACACUGAUCUACCCUAUCCAGCUCUAUUCUACUCUAUUCUAAUUGAUUUUACUCGGCCCUACUCGACUGGAUUCAACCCUACUCUAUUCUACCUUUCUUGACAUUACCCAGCUCUGCCUGACCUUACCUGAUAAUAAUUUACUCUGUUUUUGUCUACCCUACCCUACCCUAGCAUACCUUACCCUACCUUAUUUAAAAAUUACAAUGUCUUAAAGUGUGUUCAAUAAACCUCAAUUUUAGUUAUUGCCAAUCUAGUUCAGAGAACAAAAAAUUAACACAACUUGCUUUUAAUCGUACUAGAGAUACGUUACCAGAGAAUAAAUGGGACUACGGUUACAUUCCUUUCAUUGGCAUCAACGGUUACUUCAGUAGUGAUUUACAGUUUUAUCAGCGAAAUUUAAUGUUUGCCGUUUGUCAGUUUUAUAUGGCUUCUGAUUUCUCAAAAUUUCCGAGUUUUUGCAAAAUUGAGUGA